AUGCACCAUGCCUUCCACAGACUGAGCUGGUGGUGGAUAGCUCUUUGCACUGGUUACACACAAACGGUUGGAAACUGUGUAUCUGCUGAGCUGUUAUCGACACCACUGUACCUACAGUUUUGUAAUGAGAAGAACUACUUGAAGCAUAAGCUGAAGUCUUCGCAAAGGGAUAAGGUUCGGCAGUUCAUGUCCUUUACCCAGGCUGGGGAGAAGACAGCUGUGUACUGCCUAACACAAAAUGAUUGGAAACUAGAGGUUGCCACCGACAACUAUUUUCAAAAUCCAGACCUAUACUGCAAGGAAUCUAUGAAAACAUCUGUAGACCGCAAAAAGCUGGAGCAGCUUUAUAAUCGCUACAAAGAUCCCCUGGAUGAAAAUAAGAUUGGUAUAGAUGGAAUUCAACAGUUUUGCGAUGACUUGUCAUUGGAUCCCACAAGCAUCACUGUACUUGUUGUUGCCUGGAAGUUCCGUGCUGCCACUCAGUGUGAAUUUACCAAAAAGGAAUUUAUAGAUGGCAUGACUGAACUAGGAUGUGAUAGCCCUGAGAAGUUGAAGGCGCUUUUGCCAAGAUUAGAACAAGAACUAAAAGAUAGUGGAAAAUUUAAGGAUUUCUACCAGUUUACCUUUAAUUUUGCCAAGAAUCCAGGACAAAAAGGACUUGAUUUGGAGAUGGCUGUAGCUUACUGGAAGCUUGUUCUUUCAGAACGAUUUAAAUUCCUUGACCUUUGGAAUAAAUUUCUAUUGGAACACCAUAAAAGAUCCAUCCCAAAAGACACAUGGAAUCUAUUGUUGGACUUUGGAAACAUGAUUGCAGAUGACAUGUCCAACUAUGAUGAAGAAGGAGCGUGGCCUGUUCUUAUAGACGAUUUUGUGGAAUUUGCACGACCUAUCGUAACAGGAUCAAAACGCAAAACACUCUAA